UUCGCCGUCGUGCGACGUGGAUGAUGCCACCGCGGCAUAUCCUGAAGCGACCGUCCACAGCCGACAAGACUUCUCGGCCGUCACAGUCAACAACAAACUCUGAUCAUGCGCGAAACGAGAUGAAUACUGCAUCAUGGCGUGAAACGGCCUCAAAGAGUGGCUCGAAAGCAUCGACAUCUCGGCAAUUAUGUCCAAGUGUCGACCAACCACCAGAAGGGAAACCUCCAUCAUCACUGCCACCACCUCCGCCUACACGCCGUUGGGAGACUAGUGCAGCAGCCUCCACUUCCUUUGCACCACAGCUGGCAGCUCCAACGUCAGCAGGAUCUUCAACUCAGCAACAUUCAGCCGCACCAGUUCCCACAUCUCCCCAUCGACAAGCCUCCAUGGCCACGAAAAGUCGUCGUAUAAAUCGGCCAACGAAUAAGGUCAAGGCGACGGCAAGUUUCAGCUUAGCAGAUUUCGUUUCAUCGGCCAAGCAACCUGCAUCAUCGUCGAAGCAAUCACAUUCUCAAAGCACAGGGCGACGGAAUCCCGGCCAACAUCACCACCAGCCAUCACGUGGCAAAGGCCAACCGUCCAACGCACCGCCGACGGUCAAUCUAGCACCCGCAGAUGGUGUUGCAUGUCUGCAUUCUCCUUCCUUGACACCUCGUGCCGAGGCGACAGGGAUCCCUCCCGCCGUCCUUCAACGCCCAAAGAAAAAGAAAUUGUCAACUCUUAAGAAACGAGUGCUAAAGGAUCAAGCAGCGAAGUGGGCAGCGUUCCACAGCCAUACCACUACUUCUGACCAGACGCUGCCAGCAGACGCCGCGACCGCCAUCAGCCCCUCCUUCGUCCGAACGAUUCAAGUGAUUCAUUUGGUGGAUCCAGACGAAGUCCAAGACGACGACGAGUACGCCGACACGCUGGUGGACGUAACGAGUCAAUUCGCCAAGUUUGGCGCGAUCACGUCGCUGGCACUCGACCGAGCGACUGGGACAAUUGAGAUCGAAUACGACGAUGCGGCCAGUGCGACCAAUGCCGCGAUGUCCUUGGACAAUGCUGUGUUUGGUGGGCAGCAUGUGAGCUGUCUUGUCGUUGCUGCAGUCGACGAAGUCGGGAGUGCACAACCGCGCAAUGUGGUCAUCCGUGGGUUUUGCAAUGCCGACGAGAUGGAAGAUCCCGACGAGUUCGACGAAAUCCUGGACGAAGUGCGAACCACAUUCGGGACGACACCACACCCACCGAGCCGCGUUGAGAUCGACCGGUCGACAGGGCACAUCACGCUGGAGUAUGCCACGCCGAAGCAAGCGAAAGAAGUCGCCAGUGCCUAUCACAAUAAGACAUACGGUGGCACUUCUAUCACUGCUGUCUGGUCGGCGCAUGGUUCAGCGCAUACAGAUGUGGGCCUAGCUCAAGCUCUAUCUCCGAACAAGGGCGAGGCUAUCAACGAAUUGCCGCCACCACGGAGGUUGCCCAAUACCCAAGCGAUUCGAGAGUAUGUGGACCAGCGCGUGGACGUUGGUGGUGAAGUGGAAUCGAUGGUGGUGGCGUUUCUAGGCCGAUUGAUGAGUUUACAGGAGCGAGCGCGCCUGACCAACCCCCUGAAAGCCAAGAAGACGCGGAGGCUCGUGUUUGGGCUGCGCGAAGUCAAACGAGGGUUGAAAAAUGGUAAAGUCGUGUGCUUGCUCGUGGCAUACAACAUCGACGAAUGUGCCGCCGAAGGCGGCCUGGACGAUAUCGUCAUGGAGCUCAUCAACUUGGCGCGGGUCCAUGGGAUUCCAGUCAUCUUUUCCCUGUCCAAACGAAAGCUGGGCAAAGCGCUGCUAAAGACAAUUCGAGUGAGCUGUGUCGGCGUGUACAAUGUGGACGGAGCAAAUGAACUGUGGGCCGAGCUCAAAAAGAAAGUGGCAACGCUCCAGUCCCAUCCUGCGCACCCUCUAGAGAACGCCACCGAAGCAGCGGGAGCGCACAAGUCGCUGGACAUGCCUGUGCAAGAUGCACGCUCAUGAGCCGCCGCGACUCCACGCCUGUGCCGCUCAAAAUCCCUCGGGUUUGUCCCAACCGUUGAUGACUGGGAUAAACAUCGACGGCCACAUCGAUUCGUUCCGUUUUGUCGAAAAAAUGGCCAAAUUUCCCACACUGUCGGAAAUAGUGUUAAAUCUAGCUUGCCAAACGUAUGUUGGCGAAUUCACUCACUCUGUGAGCUGCCA